AUGCUAAGCAAUCGGUCCAAAAAGAAGGGCCAAGCAAAGAAGGGCCAAGCAAAAACUACGACGGCGACGACUUACCUUUGGAACUGGACAGAAGGUACAGAUGUAAGCUCCUUCGGUACAGCAAUCCCACAUAUCAUCUUGGGCAAGUGCUGGGGUUGCCACAUCUUGGAUUUGGAGUGCCACGUAAAAGGGACGAGGUUGGAGCAGGACGAGGACUACUUCAUGAGUAGCCAUGCUCCUCUGAUAACCCACAGCGGCACCAACGAUUUGGGAACUUCCUCCAGUAGCCUCUCCUCGUUGACCGCUUCUUCGACCCCUGCACUCCAAACCAAUGCUGGCGUGGUGCCAUCAACACUUAGCCCUCCCACUACUUUUCUUGCUGCUCCCGACCCCACUAUCACCACCAUUCCUACCGCGCCACCUAGCCCUCCCACUACUUUUCCUGCUGCUCCCGACCCCACUAUCACCCCUCUUCCCACCGCGCCACAGGUGCUAAUAGCACCUAGCCCUCCCACUACUUUUCCUGCUGCUCCCGACCCCACUAUUAUCGCCCUUCCUACCGCGCCACUUGUCCCCCCCUCCAGUGCUAUAGCCACAGGACGUCAGGAGACAAAGACCAACCUACCACGACGAGAGGAGACACCCUUUGCGGACACAAUGACCGCUCUUUCACCGUCACCCAUGGGUAGUCAGAGGUCCCUGGUGUUUUCGCACGCAGGCUCCGGGUAUGAAUGGGAUGACAUAUCUGUUGAAGGGGGUGAUGACGCCUCCGCGGGUCUCACAUCUGCCGAAGGAGGGGAUAGAGAAGGGAAGGCAGACAGGGAGCAGGUCUCAUGUCCUGCGCAACCAAUCUCGUCUGUCAACAACGACGAUCUGCCCGACGCUCUGCCCUAUUUGGUUCAGAUACAGUCUCUUGUUGGGAAGGUUCUCGAUUUCGAGCGGAAGAGAGAUGAUCGCGAUAGCUUGGCAAGGAAGCAGAUGAAGGAGCAAUAUGAGGAGGAAAAGAAGGAGCUGAAGGUGCUUGCGGAGCUGGCGGAGCAAAAGCGUCGAGGAGCAGAGACACUACGCGAGGCGCACUGGAGGCAAAACCGGGAGCUGAAGCAGGAGAUUGAGGAUGAAAGAAGGAAGGCGGUGUUUGCGCUCGAAAAGCAGAAGGAUGCCGAGGUGAGGUUGAGCUCAGCGAGGGAGGAAGUUCAGCGAAUGGAGCAGGAAGUGGCACAGCUGAGGCUGAGCAUCUCUAGUCUGACAAGUGACAGAGACGUGCUGGUAGAGGAGGCGAGGAAGUUGAAGGAGGAGGGGGAAAAUGGGCUGAGUCUGGCUCAUAGACAAAUGGAGGAAGAGAGGAUAAAGGCGCAGGAAAAGGAGAAGCAUUUUGCGAAGAUGAAGCGAGUGAUUAGGGAAAGGGAUCACGAGAUUUCCGAGUUGAAGAAGGAUAAGCAAGGAAGCGCUGGCGUAGGAGUGAGGGAGAAUGUGUAG